GAGUUAUGCAGACAUACCUGCUUAUAUCCCUGCAAUAAUUUUCCCAUACAAUUAAAACUUUUCACAUUUUUAUUACAGGCUUCCCCCAACCUUUUUUAAAUUUAUUUUUUGGUUACAGUGUAUCUAAUUAUUUUUUUCACUAUUGUGUUACAGUUCCUGUCAGGAUUGUUCUGCUGGGAAAGAGAGAAGACGAGAGGUCAAAACUGUCUAACUUUAUCAUUGGAGACAAAGCUUUUCAUUCACAAGCAUCAAACAAACACUGUGUGACAACAUCUGGAGAAUGGAGAGGAAAAUCUGUCUUAGUUGUUAAAACUCCAGACAUGUUUGAGAUGAGCAAUCAGAUGGUGAGAAGAGAGAUGAGCAGAUGCAGGAGUCUGAGCUUCCCUGGACCAAAUGUUCUCCUGCUGUUAGUGAAACCAUCUGACUUCACUCAAGAAGAUGCAGAAAAACUGACCUUCAUCCUGAGUUUGUUUGGUCAGAAUAGUUUCAAACACUCCAUGAUUGUCCUCACACACAAAGAUAAACAAACCAAUGUUCUAAAUCAGCUGCUGCAGAAAUGUGGAGGAAGACAAUACAACAUGUUUGAGGAAAAUCAUGGAUUAUUGAUGGAGAACAUUGAAAAGAUGAUGAAGGAAAACAAAGAAUCCUUCUUCACCUUCACUGAAGAGACCAGAGGACCACAGUGUAAACAGAUCAAACCAGAUUUAAACCUGGUUCUGUGUGGGAGGAGAGGGGCAGAGAAGACUUCAGCAGCCAAGAAGAUUCUAGGUCUGUCAGAGCUGCAGUCAGUCAGCUCACAGCAGAGUGUUAGAAACCAGGCAGAGGUUAGUGGACGUUGGGUUUCUGUGGUGGAGCUGCCCGCAUUGUCUGAAAAACCCCAGAAGGAAGUGAUGCAGGAAUCCUUCAGGAGCAUCUCUCUUUGUGACCCUGAGGGCGUCCACGCCUUCAUCCUGGUUCUUCCUGUGGAUCCUCUCACUGAUGAAGACAAGGGAGAACUGCAGAUCAUCGAGAAGACAUUUGGCUCUCAGGUCAAAGACUUCACCAGGAUCCUGUUCACUGUGGAUUCAGAUCCCAAAGAUCCAAAUAAUGCUCACUUUGCAGAAAAAGAUGAAGACAUCCAGAAGUUCUGUCAGAGCUUUGGAGGAAGAUACAACAUUCUGAACAUCAGGAACAAACAGCAGAUCUCAGAGCUGCUGGAGAAGAUUCAGGUGGAGAAGAGUUAUUCAGUAGAAACAUUUGUACAGGUACAGAUGGAAAAAAACAUUGAACUGGAGGAGGAAGUGAGGCAACUAAAAGCAACCAGUAAUGAAGAACAGAGUCCAGAGAGUCUGAGGAUUGUUCUGAUUGGGAAGACCGGCAUUGGAAAGAGUUCUUCAGGAAACACCAUCCUGGGAAGAGAAGAGUUUGAAGCUGAAUCAAGUCAAACUUCAGUCACCAGAGUUUGUCAUAAAGCUCAGGGUGAAGUGGACGGUCGUCCAGUUUUUGUGGUGGACACUCCUGGUCUGUUUGACACAAAUCUUUCAAACAAAGAGGUUAAUGAAGAGAUGGUGAAAUGCAUCAGUCUGCUGGCUCCAGGACCGCAUGUCUUCCUGCUGGUGAUCCCGAUCGGACGAUUUACAAAAGAAGAAAUGGAAACACUGAAACUCAUCAAGGAAAAUUUUGGAGAAAAAUCUCAACAGUUCACCAUCAUUCUCUUCACAAGAGGAGAUGAACUACAACGUCAUCGUAAAAGAAUUGAAGAUUUUAUCAAAAAGGGUACAAGUGAAUUGCAGAAUCUGAUCAGAGACUGUGGAGGAAGAUACCAUGUGUUCAAUAACCUUGAUGAAAACAACCAACAACAGGUGAGGGAGCUGAUAACAAAGAUCGACUCAAUGGUGAAGAACAAUGGAGGCAGCUGCUUCAGUAAUGAGAUGCUGGAAGAAGCUGAAGCAGCGAUUCAGAGAGAAAUGGAGAGAAACCUGAAGGAGAAAGAAGAAGAAAUCAGGAAAGAAAAGGAGGAGCUUAAAAGAAAACAUGAAGAAGAAAUGCAGGAAACGAAAAGAAAAAUGGAAGAAGAGAUGAAAAAAGUACAACAGGAAAGUGAACUGAAACUUAAAGAAAUUAAUGAAAAUAUUAAGAGAGAACAAAAACAACAACAGAAAGAACAAGAAGAAAGAGAAAAGAAAUAUAAGGAAGAAACAGAGAAACUCCAGAAGAAGAUGGAGGAAGAAGCCAGAAAACAUGAAGAAAUGCAAGAAAUGAAAAGAAAAAAGGAAGAAGAGAUGAAAAAACUACAACAGGAAACUGAACUGAAACUUAAAGAAAUGAAUGAAAAUAUUAAGAAAGAGCAGAAACAACAGAAAGAACAAGAAGAAAGAGAAAAGAAGAAGAAAGAAGAAACAGAGAAACUCCAGAAGAAGAUGGAGGAAGAAGCCAGAAAAUAUGAAAUGCAAGAAAUGAAAAGAAAAAUGGAAGAAACGAUGAAAAAACUACAACAGGAAACUGAACUGAAACUUAAAGAAAUGAAUGAAAAUCUUAAGAAAGAGCGCGAACAACAACAGAAAGAUCAAGAAGAAAGAGAAAAGAAAUAUAAGGAAGAAACAGAGAAACUCCAGAAGAAGAUGGAGGAAGAAGCCAGAAAACAUGAAGAAAUGCAAGAAAUGAAAAGAAAAAAGGAAGAAGAGAUGAAUAAACUACAACAGGAAAGUGAUCGGAAACUUAAAGAAAUGAAUGAAAAUGUUAAGAAAGAGCAAGAAGAAAGAGAAAGGAAAUAUAAGGAAGAAAAAGAGAGACUCCAGAAGAAGUUUGAGAAAGAAGCCAGAAAAAGAGCUGAAGAGAAGAAUGAUUUUACUGCGAUGAAGUUUGUAGCAUCUUCCUGUUGUGUUCAGUGAAAGUUCAGUCCAUUCUUUCUACAUCUUCCAGACAUUCUUCUAAAGAAAAUAAUCAAUCAGAUCAGAGACUCUGAAUGUGUUUGGAAAAAUCCAGAAUGAUUAUGAUCAGCAAUCACGUCAAUAUAUGAUCAUAUAAAAUAUUAAACUUUAUAAACUUGGCUUUCAGCAGAAUCCUGAUUAUCUGCCUCCUUAGUCUUAAACCAUAAAAUAUCCACUAGAUCUUUUAUUCUGUGUUUUUAAGUUCAAACAAAUAAAAACAUUAGGUUAUGUUUAGACAAACAUGUCAGUGAUAUUAAUGCUGAUUUUGCUUUAGCUUUAACAGUAAUCUUCACAUAUUAUUCAUAUUUGUAUUUUUAAUGAUUUCUGAUAGUCACAGAAUCUUCAAUGCUCACAUGUUCUUCAUCAUGAUGUAACUACUUAUUCAGAGUUUAAUUAAGGUUUAUUCCAGAGACCACAAAGGGCGCGUGAUGGAGUACGUGUGCGAGCCAUGAGGUCCCACUUUUUUCCAUAUUAAUUCUUUAUUGUUUGGUUUGCAAUCCAAUUUUUCUAUUUUUGAUGGCCCUGGAAAACUGUUCUUAUUGAACAAUGUUGACUUUUUUUGCUGAAUCCCUCACGGAAAAAUACCUCCCAAACCGUCAGCUAAAGGAGCGCAGGGUAACAACCUGGAGGCCGCUAGCAAAACUGCUAUUGAUGAGAGCACACUCCAAGGCUAUGUCCAAAUUCUUUCCCUAAACUUAUAUAGUGUGUUUGCCAUUUUCUAGUGUUGUCAGAAUCUACUAUUACAAAAUCAAGUGCACUAGAAAUUUUCCAAAAGUCUUUGUAAAAGACUACUAUUCAUCCAUACUCACUACAUUAGCGAAUAUAGACCACAAUGCAUUGCGGUUGAACAAUUUUUGCGAAACAAAAAAACGUGUUGAAAUAAUUAGAUUUUUACUUUGUGAAAAUUGUGACAUUGUCAGGGCUGGUGGAUGAAGGACCCACAUGCAGGAGGCCAUGUUUGGUGGCGGAAACAAACAUUUACUAAAUAAACUCAAGCAUGACUAAACCAAGAGAACAAACCAGUGAUGCAACAUAACAGAGCAGAUGACCUGACAUCCUCCAUCAAAGUUGCUGUUGACGAAUGACAAACUACAUUAUCCCGAGGAAGGCCUGAACAGCGUGGACACUCACUUGGUAGCCAUGGAAUCACGUUAUGUGGAGCUAAGCAAUCAAUUGAAAAAAAUGAUCUAAAGAAACGGAUGACUGGCAAAACACAAGGAGAUGGUGCAACUUCUGUAUUUUGGGGAUGCCUGGGGGAACCCAGCAGGGAAACCCAACAAAAAGUGGUCCUGAAGGUCUGGAGAAGCAGCCGGUUGUGGAUAGAGCCCACCGAGCCGCAGCUCCAGUGCCUCUGGUUGGAGGACGACCAUGUUUAUCGAUCAGAUUCACCACUACCAGGAGAAGGAGCGGAUCCAGCGUCUUGCUGGACAAAAAGUCCAGCUGGAGUUCCAAGAAAAGUAGAUGUAUUACUUGUCCCCUCUUUGCAACAGUUCAUUGAUGUACUCUGUUGAUCAGGCCCUGGGCAUAGGCAACCUAAGGGGCUGCCUAAGGUACCAUUUGUUGGAGGGGGGGCCAAAUCACAAUGAUUAUAUAUUAACUUUUUUCUUUUUUUGUUAAGAAGUUCAUCGCACCUGUUAAUCAAUGUGAAAAAUGUUAAAAUUAAUAAUGUAUUAAUAAUGUAAUAAUAAUUAAUAAUGUAAAUAAAGUAACUCAAAAGUGUGAUGUAAUAAACAACUCUGUAGUGCAGCACCGCUCCCCUGGGUCAUGGGGAGGAGAGGGGGGUGUGGUGUUGCUGUUGUUGAGGAAAAAAGGAAAGGACAGGAAGAGGAGGAAACACUGACUCAAAGCAGAGGUUUGUCUGUUUUAUUCAUAUAAAAUUGCUUGGAAAUACCCACCCGAUCCUGCCGACCACCCUGAAUUUUGGUUGAAAAAGACAAAAUUAUGGGCUGCACGGUGGCGCAAGUGGUUAGCGCUCUCACCUCACAGCGAGAAGGCCCCGGUUCGAAUCCCGGCUGCGACCUUUC